UGAACAAUUUAUAAAAUUGACAGGGGUAUGGCAAUGUCAAAAUUUCGCUUCAAAAAUAUAUUUAAAUAUAAAUAUGAAUAUUCGAAUUAUCGCAGAUGACAAAAAUUAUAGAUAAAGUACUAGUAUUAUCUAGCGUAUUCUAAAUUGGUUACUACUAUGAUUCUAUUUUGAUAUCAAGAAAUUUCUAACACUAUGGCAAGUCUAAAAAAUUUCGUCCGGUUGAUCAAUUUUAAAGCUACCGAAACCGAAAAGCAGCACUUUGCAAGGAAACUUGUUGGGUUUUCUUCCGAGGAAAUGUUUAAUGUAGUUGCAGAUGUGAAACAUUAUGACCAAUUUGUUCCAUUCUGUACUAGAUCUACUAUACAUUCUGAAAGUGCUGAUAAUCUCAGGGCUACAUUGGAUAUAGGUUUUCCUCCAAUAAUUGAAAGUUAUACUUCAAACGUGACCUUGAUUAAACCAAAACUUGUACGUGCAGUUUGCAGUGACGGAAAAUUAUUUCAUUAUUUGGAAAACACAUGGAGGUUUUCCUCAGGACUCAAGAGUAAUCCUAGGAGCUGUAUAAUAGACUUCUAUAUUUGUUUUAGGUUCAAAUCCUUGAUUCAUUCGCAGAUUGCUCUGUUUUUCUUCGAUAAUUUAGUUAAUAAAAUGGAGAAAGCUUUUAUUGAAGAAGCUGAAAGACGUUAUGGUAGAGCGACAGUACCAAUUCAUCCUUUAGAAGUAGUUAAGACAUAACUAUAAUUGUAUAAUGUGAUAUUAUGCUAAGAUAUACAACGUAUUUUUGUUUGACAUCUUAAAAUUGAGUAAUUAUUAAUAUUGUAUUUAUUUUAAAUUGAUUAUUUCCUGAAUAUUUAUGUUUUUAAAAAAUGUUGAAAUUCA